UUAAAGAAUAUUUUUGUCAUUUAUUUAUAGAAAUAUUUUUAUUAUACUAAAUGAAUAUUUUUUAUAAAAAAAACUUAGGCUUAAAUGUUCCAUCUUUUAUCAUCCAAUUUGUAUAACUCAUGUUGUGUGUUUUAGAUAAAAGGGAAAAUCUACGGUUUACUAAGGAAGAAUGCCUGCUAAUGCUGAGGUCGUACAUUGUACACCCAGGGGAUUACCAGUCUAUUGUGGAGGAGAUAAAGGUUAACAAAAACCAUUUGACUCCCCAAGUUAAUGCCUUUUAUGAAGGCAAUGACUUCAUCAAAAUAAAACAGAGAUUGAGGGAAAAAUUCCAGAGACUGGUGGCAAACAUGAAACAACAAAGGGAUCCGGAAAUUAGAGAGGAGCUUGAGGUAAUAUGUUCAAUGGAGAACAGGACAGUUAAAUCUACUUACACUGCCUGUUCCAGCCAAGCUGACCCCCUCAAGAUAAAGCUGCAGAAGAAAAAUACUGGAGUAGUGCAACUUAACCAAUCAUCAGGGAAAGAUUCAUCUAGUGAUGAUCUUCCCGAUCCAUCCUUAUUCCCCGUGAAGCCUUGUACAUCAACACCGAGGCCAAGACCAUCUACCUCAUCCUCUUUAGUUGAUGUAGAGGAUGAGGAGGAUGUAAGGCUUCACUGGGCUAGGAAAGUAGCGAAAAAAUGUGAACAGAAGAGACAUAAGAAAAAGAAGACAAAAAAGACAAAGAAAACAAGAAAGGGAAAAUCCACGAGAGAACUAAUUAAAGAAAAUGAAGAAAUGAAAAACGAAGUAUUGAAAUAUUUGGUUAAAAACAAACAAAAAAUGUUCCAGGAGUCUUCGUCCUCUGAAUCAUCCUCAUCAGAGGAGUCGGAUUGAAUUCUGAUACAUAUAAUAAUAAAUGUAUAAGUUAGCAGUCAAAACGUUUUAAUUGUUUUUUUUAAUAUUAAAAAUGAAAGUGACAAAAUUUUCAUCACCUUUUUCAUCUUUUUCCCCUCUCUUUUCCCUAUUCAUGAUUUUUUUAACACGAUCUUUGACUCUUCAAUCAUUAACUAUAUCUGCAUUAUUAUCUAAUAUCACGCAUGAGAAGUAAUGAUGAUUUAAAUAUCAAGUGUUAGAUAUAAACGGGUAUUCAUAAAUACU